GCUCACAGCCUCAGCGUUCGGGAGGCUUGCAGGUUGGGGCCAUGGUUCCAGUUCAGGAACAGUGCGUAGACUUCACCGGCAUCGUAGAGGAGACCCGGAAGGUGGAUAUCGAUGGCGAGAAAGUGACAGACCCCGACGACAUCAAUGCCAAGGUGGCGGCCGGUGACAAGGAUGCGAAAGAUGCGAAGGCGGAGCCCGUGAAGGGCGCGCUGGCCUUUGGCGAAGAGGUUGACAUCUACGAGCUGCGCAACAGCGGGUUCCUGCUGCAGUACUUCGCAGUGGGGGUGAUCUAUGGCGGAUUGCCCGCCACCAUCUACGGCUUCUUCCUAGGAUACCUGAAUGUCCCCGGCUACGUCUAUGCCACUGCUUCGGUGGUGACCACAAUGCCCUGGAGUUUCAAGGUGCUCUUCGGCCUCCUGAAUGACUGCCUUCCGAUCCGGGGCUACCGGCGCAAGCCCUACAUGGUCCUGGGCUGGUCCCUUUGCUUUGCCACGCUGGUGAUCCUGGCCAUGAAGCCUUUGCCGGAGCCCUACUACUGCCGCAGCCCCGAUGGCGGCCUGGACGAGGACCGUGUGUGCAACGCGGAGGCGCAGUGGGCGGGCGGCAGCUUCGCCAUGCUCAUGUGCCUGGCGGCGCUGGGCUAUGUCAUCGCAGAUGUCGCGGCAGACGGCCUCAUGGUGGAGUUUGCUCAACGAGAGCCAGAGGAGAAGCGUGGAACCAUCCAGACCACUAUCUAUUUGGUGCGAUCUCUGGGCUGCAUUGCAUCCGUGGCCUUGGUGGGCGUGGGCAUGAACGGCAAGGAGUACAACGGCGACUUCAACUUCACGCUGUCGUUUUCGCAGAUCAUGAUGAUCUUCUCCCUGCCCGCCGGCGCCAUGAUCCCUGUCUCGUGGUUCCUGGUCAAGGACGCUCCCAUCCAGCAGGGGGAGCGCAAGUCGCUGCGGCUCUAUGCCUCGCAAGCAUGGCAGCUCAUCACCAAGAAGGCCAUCUUCAUGGUCGUGAUGUUCAACUUCUGGGAAGCCCUGCUGGGCCGCAUCAGCACCACUGCUGGAGGUUUGGUGAAGAGCCAAUGGGCGGGUGUCAAGAACUUUCAGAACCAGCUUUUUACGUUGGUGUCCCUGCUCGUCUUGGCCUAUUCCCUGCACCAAGUCAAGAAGCGCUUUCUCAACUACAGCUGGAGAAAGAUGCUGCUGCUCACUGGAAUCAUUCUCAACGUCAUGGAUGGAACUUUGGCCUUGCUCACCACCUACGAUGUGGUCAGAAAUCAGUACUUCUACCUGGGAGAGACUGUGUUGGAUGAGAUUCCAGCGGCUGCCAACUUCGUGGUGGGAACCUUCAUCAUUGUGGAGAUGGCUGACCAGGGCAACGAGGGCCUCACCUAUGGCCUCCUCACCACGGUGAGCAACCUUGGCAGCCCCUUCUCCCGAGCCAUCAGCAACCAGAUUUUUGGUCUCUUCGAGCCCAACUUGUCUGACUCCAAGAACUACAAGGAAGAUACCAUGGAAUUCCGGAACACCGUGGCCCUCUCGUUUAUGGUGAGCUACGCCUUUUCCUUCGUGACCUUCGGCUUGCUGUUUCUGCUUCCGCGGCAGAAGGCAGAGGCGCAGCGCAGGAAGCGAGAGUGGUCCCAACAUCCGGCCUAUGGCUACAUCACGGUAUGUCUUGUGACCUUCGCUCUUUGCUACUCCCUGGUCGUGAACUUCAUGACGAUGAUUCCGGAGACCGCAUGCCUGGAGAUCGUGGGCGGCAGCGGGUGCUGAGAUCUCGUGUGAGGGCCGUUCCCUUGGCGCCACCUGGUGCUGCACGCUCAAGACGUGCGCCCAGACUCUUGGUGUGAAGGAAGUGGUACCAGGACGGCUCGCUCAGGACAGGAGUUACAGGAAUUCAACGUAGCAUGAACCAAAUUCAGGCUGACAAGAACGGAAUGCCUUGGUAUACCCAG